CGGCAUCCUCUCUCUCUCUCUCUAUCUCUCCCUCUUUCUCUCCCUCCCCCCUUUUUCAUCACUCUCUUUUACUCUCGCCUUUCCCUUCGCACAGACACACACACACACACGUACGCGUACACACACGCAUACUUCGUCACACUGCAGCAGAAGGGAGAGGACACACUGUGAAGCUGUGAGGUAGGAUCAGGCCGUAUCCUCUUCCCAUCUUCCUGUUCAUCCCUCCAGUAGAACACAACCUGUCUCUGUUCUCCGCUCUCCUUCAAGGACUACCACACCAAGGGAGUGCCUGCUGUCUACGCUUGGACUUACUGCAGCACAACGGAUCUACUUAGAAGGCUUUCCGGUUUUUUCCCUUGUUGCUAGGCAGUGUCGGCUGAGCAUCAGGCCCUCAUACUUGUGUUCAAGUGUGUAUGCAUGUAUGUGAGUGUAUGACAGGGUCAACUGACUGAGCACACGCUUGAACGUGGGACAGUUUUACAUUCCAACUGUCAUUCUUUUGGUGUGGCAUCUUUGCGUCCUUAUCACUUGCCGCUCUUCUUCCUCCUGACAAAGGUGGACUGUAUCCCAGGAUGCUGUGCGGCAGGCUACUCUGCUAGGCCACAGCAGCAUGGGCAAAGAACCGGGGGGGUGGGACAGUGAGGAUUGGACGGCUUUGCUCCAGACGGGCGCGCUUACGCACUCCGUUGCUUCCGAUGGGUGAGGACGGCGAGAGCCCCAAAAUCAAUCACAGCUUCCUCCGAGACUAUGUCACUGAAGCUGAUGUCAUUUCUACAGUGGAGUUUAACCAGACGGGGGAUCUGCUGGCCACAGGGGACAAGGGAGGGAGAGUGGUAAUCUUCCAGCGAGAGACAGAGUCUAAAGAUGAACCUGAGGAAUUGGGAGAAUCAGGUGAGUAUAAUGUCUACAGUACGUUCCAGAGUCACGAGCCAGACUUUGACUAUCUGAAGAGUUUAGAAAUCGAGGAGAAGAUCAACAAAAUCUGCUGGCUGCCACAACAAAAUGCUGCCCACUUUCUCCUAUCAACCAACGAUAAAACAAUAAAGCUUUGGAAGGUGAGUGAGAGAGACAAGCGGCCAGAGGGCUAUAAUCUGAAAGACGAAGAAGGGCGAAUAAAGGACAUUUCCACCGUGACCUCAUUACGGGUGCCAGUCUUGAAACCCGCUGACCUGAUGGUUGAGGUGCGGCCCAGGAGAAUCUUUGCUAACGGCCACACCUACCAUGUCAAUUCUAUCUCAGUCAAUAGCGAUGGGGAGACCUAUCUGUCUGCGGAUGAUCUCAGAAUCAACAUGUGGCACUUGGACAUCACAGACAGAAGCUUCAACAUUGUGGAUAUUAAGCCAGCCAAUAUGGAGGACUUGACAGAGGUGAUAACAGCAGCGGAGUUCCAUCCACACCACUGUCACUUGUUUGUGUAUAGCAGUAGUAAGGGCACUCUACGCCUUUGUGACAUGAGAGAGUCUGCACUCUGUGACAAGCACUCCAAAAUCUUCGAGGAGCCAGAGGACCCAGGCAAUCGUUCUUUCUUCUCUGAGAUCAUCUCAUCGGUUUCUGAUGUCAAGUUCAGCCAUAGUGGACGAUAUCUCCUCACCAGAGACUACUUAACUGUCAAGGUUUGGGACCUCCAUAUGGAGAAGGGCCCAUUGGAGACCUAUCAGGUUCAUGAGUACCUAAGAAGUAAACUUUGCUCCCUGUAUGAAAACGACUGCAUCUUUGACAAGUUUGAGUGUGUCUGGAAUAGUACAGACAGUGUAAUCAUGACUGGAGCGUAUAACAGUUUUUUCCGGAUGUUUGAUCGAGAGACCGGUCGUGGUGUGACCCUCGAGGCGUGGCGUGAGAGCAGUAAACCGCGAGCCGUGCUGCGGACUCGCCGCAUUUACACCGGGGGGCGUCGGCGCCGGGGUGAUGUGGGUGUUGACAGUCUGGACUUCAGUAAAAAGAUUCUGCACAUGGCUUGGCACCCAGCCGAAAACAUCAUUGCCAUAGCAGCCACUAACAACCUAUAUAUCUUUCAGGACAGGGUCAACGCAGAAAACCAGUGACAUAAGAACUCACUCAGGGGAAGCAAUGGUGAUCUUCACAGGGCCACAACACAAAAAAAGAAAAAGAAAAAGAAAAAAAUUGUGAAUAAAACACACACAUGUAUGCACUCAAAUUCAUCCUUUCAAAACAUAAUUUACAAAACAUGUAUUAUUGGCCCUGUGGAGAAGGAAAUAGUUGCCAAACUCCUGUAGUACUCAUAUGGACUUUACAGUUACGCCAUUCCAACAGAAGAGAACUGCACAGGUGGAGGAGCAUUUAUGUGUAACCAAUAACUCUCUGGUUUAUUACACCACCAAGAAUGAUGCAAAUUAGCUAUGGUACAUGACAUUUUUGAUUGACUGCAUGGUUAGCCAAUCCUGGACUCCUUUGAAAAGUGAUUGAUGGUGUUGUCAACCAAUCCCAGAAUGUGCUGAUCUGUGACUGACAGCAUACAGGAAUAAGGGGUGGUGACUUUGGGCUGAAGACCAAGAAAAAGACAGCUCCACUCCACCAUGCCAAGUUGCCAUGGAAACAGGUUACUCAGUUGUCAUGGUAACAAGAGUGCUCUGAGCAGUCUUCCUAUCACGUGCUUCCCAAAAACCUAUCCCACAAUGCAUCUUCUACACGAGCACUCAUUUUUCUUCACAUUGCGUUGAUCAUUUGUGGAGACACGGAUGCCUAGAAGACCGAAUCACUAUACCACACUUAAAAGAGGUUCAAAUUCCAGUAUUUAUCUGGAAUAUACACAGAUCUGAUGGAUGCUCCUUCAGGAAACUCACUUCAUCAAAAAAACAGUUUUAACUGGAUUACACCUUGUAAUGUGUAACAUCUAGACCUAUGUGGAAAGAAAGAAAUUUUGCAAUCAAAAACUCUAUAUUUUGAUUGUACUGAUCCCUCAAAAAAGUUCAAUCAUGUAAAGAAAAUAAGUGGGAACAAUUUGUGACAGCAGAAACAAUGAGAGAAAUACUGCAAAACAUGGGAAAUCAGUUGGUAUAUUUACAGUAUAUUUGAUAUACAUUUUUAAAGGUGAACAUAAAAAAAUAGUUUAGUUAUUAAUUUUGUUUCACUGGUAGAUUGAACAGUGGUCUUGGGCCUUAUGCUGAUGCUUAACGGCAUGGAUGUAGCAUCAUGCAAAACCAAAAUCAGUUACCAGAUGCUAUUGUAGACGUAUUUGCCACCCGUGUUUCAUUUAUUAAAGGGAUGGUUCACCCAAAAAUAAAAAUUCUCUCAUCAAUUACUCACCCUCAUGGCAUCCCAGAUUGUAUGCACCUACAGAGUUCUUCUAAAAAAAUGUGUUUAUGUUCAGCAGAAGAAAGAAAACUGUAUACAUGUGGGAUGGCAUAACGGUGAGUAAAUUAUGAAAUUAUUAAUUGGAUGAACUAACCGACCAAAAGUGGUAAAUAAUAUAAGGGUUACCCAGAUAAAUUGAAUAGCAUUUGGCUGGUCAUCUUAUUGUAUUUUUCUCUGAUGUGAAAAAGCUGAUAUAGCUGAUUUAGCAGUUUUCAUCUCAUGCGAGUGUACAUCAUUUUAAACAUUUUUCAAAAGUAUGCUACUGUUAAAAUUUACUAAGUGCACCUUGACAUCUGGAAAAACAGCUGAAGCCUGCUAUCUUUAAGACCACACAGGUGUACAUGUAACACCCUAUUCACUGUAGAAAGUACAUGAAAGUAAUUGUUCUUGAGGUGCCAAUCACCUAAUGGGUGACUGUUAGUUUGGUGUAGAUGUGGUACUGAAGUGUUGGGUGUCUGCGUAGCCUUUAUGACACAGAGGUCAGUGAUUGUUUUUGCUAUAUGGCAAAGGCUGAAUGAAUGUAACUGACAAACACAUGCUUUUGUUAUUUCAUUUUUAAAGUUUUAUGAUGUUAAUGGGGUGCUCUAAAAUUGACAAGUGAGCUUGCUUGCUUUCUAAUUUUUCUUGGCUUUGUCUGAUCAUCCCUUUUCUGUCUUUUCCAGUGUCGUUCACGUGUUUCCAUGUCCCAUUUGUCUAGUGCUCUUUUCUGUGCAUAUACAGGGGCUGUGCCUCUUACAAUCAGUCUCUCCCUCUCUUUCCCUGUCUUUAUCUCAUUUAGUUGUUUGUUUUUUUUACUCUUGUUACAGUGCUUGCAUGGCAGUACUGUAUUGAUGUUUCUCAUGCAUUCUUGUCAGGGGUUUGUUCUAAAUCCCAAACUCCAAGUAUUAAAGCAGCUCAUUUAGCCACUACUGCUAAUGCACAAACUUUCUGUAGAUAAUUUCAGCCUUAUGUAUGCCUGCUAUUUUUGGUUUCAUAAUUUAAAAAUAUGUAAGAAUAAUGUUUGAAAUUGUCCCAUUUAUACUUACAUUGACAAUCUAACUGACAACGAUGACAGUGUCAUAUACGUGUUCUUUCAUAUUUUUCCAUUUGCACACUAAUUUGUGAUUGGUCUUGUCUUUUGCAACUAGUUAACCAUACAGGAGCCUUUGCGCUGCAAAUUUUGUGUCAUGUUGAUACUCAUACACCGUUGACAUAAAACCCAGAUUGAGUGUCACGGCAACACCUAAGCAGCUCUGAUGCGGCGUUUCGUUUACGCAAAACCAAAGCUUAAAACCUAAGCUUGGUUAAAACUUUAACGUUACUUCUGUGCUGCCUUGCAAGCACUAGUAUUUCUUUUAGGAAAUGCAAAUCAGGUUUCUUUAUUUUUACUGACAGCUGACAUCAUGCACUAUAGUUAACAUACUUUUUGUACAACGCUUCUCUCUCACACUUUGUUCCUUUCUCUCUUUCUCUCUCACUGAAUACCACAGCAUCAUGACCAUCUGACAUACUGUUACCAUGGCGAUAAGCUUUCUGCCAUUACACAUUCUCUCAUGCUCUAGUCUUAGACAUGCAGUGAAACACGUGCUCACAUUCACAAUGCAACCAGGGAAUAAUGGCUUGACUUUUUCAGGGCACACACUCUCUCCCAUACACACGCACACACACUCACUUACAUAGGCACAUACAUGCAAGUAUACACACCGACAAGCAUGUUUAUCAUUAUCCAGUAUUACAAAUGUCUAUAUCUAUGAUGCCUAAACAUAUUCUAUUGACACUUAAUGGAAAAAUAAAAGAGCUAAUGGAGGAAUGUGAUUAU